UAGUCUACCUAGCCUACCUACUUAGCCCACCUAGCUUUAGUAGUCUCAUCGGCUAUGAGCCGUAACAAACAACCUAGAUGCGCGCCUUCUUGCUAACGAAGAAAAAAAGGACAUAAACUUAAAAUAUAGGUAUUUAAACCGUUGUUACCCCCUGCCACAAGAGGGUUCACAAGUACUUCCCAUUGUUUCUGCCCCUUACACCUGCUUCAACCCCUUCCAAAGUUCCUUUCCCCGUCACAUCUAGUUUACAUUAUAUAAAUCCACGUACCUCGCGUAGGCCGGACUAGUUCCUCCGUACUUAAAUCACUUUAAAAACUCACUCAAAGAUACUUUACUUUACCUCUUCUCAUCUUCAUCAAGUUUUUUUUUCCACUCACACAAUCACAUCCAAACAACUCACUCUACCAAAGUCUACCUAAAAUAGUCUCGAUGACGGAAUCUCUAGGCCAAUCUCGCCCUCUGCCCGACGGGGUCUAUGUUCCUACCGUUGCUUUUUUCAAAGAGAACGAUGACAUCGACUUAGAAGCAACCCAACGCCAUGCCGUUCACCUUGCCGAGGCUGGCGUUGCCGGCCUUGUUGUACACGGCUCGAACGGAGAGGCGGUUCAUUUAAGCCGAGAUGAGCGCAGCCUCGUUAUUAAGACUACACGAGCCGCUCUAGACCAGGCGGACCACCACCUUAUGCCUCUCAUCGCUGGGUGUGGAGCACAAUCUACCCGCGAGACGAUCCAGUUAUGCCAGGAUGCAGCCAAUGCUGGUGCUAACUAUGUCAUCGUACUCCCUCCCGCGUACUAUGGCGGUCUUCUUAACACAUCAAAGAUCGUUCAGCAUUUCUGCGAUGUUGCUGAUUCUAGCCCCAUUCCAGUCAUGAUCUACAACUACCCUGGGGCUUGCUCCGGUCUAGACCUCUCUUCCGACGCAAUCCUUCAGAUUUCAAAACACCCCAACGUUGCUGGUGUCAAGCUCACUUGUGGUAACACCGGGAAACUAGCUCGCAUCGUCGAUGGGGCCAAACCCGAUUUCUUUGUCGCUGGUGGCAGCGCAGACUUUAUCCUGCAAGGCCUUGUAGUUGGUGGAAACGGCACCAUCGCGGGUACUGCCAACCUAGUGCCUCGAGCGUGCGUCCGCAUCUGCGAACUAUACCAUGCUGGCGAGCUGAAGGAGGCUAGAAGGCUGCAGGCAAUCGUUGCCAAGGCGGAUUGGAUCGCAAUUCAGACGGGCUUUGCCGGCGUGAAGGCUGCCCUGCAGCACUUUGAGGGCUACGGUGGAGAACCCAGGAAGCCCUGUGGAUUGCCAAGCAGCGAACACAUGGACAUGAUUACCAAUGGGUUCGCAGACGUGAUAGCUUUAGAGCAGAGCUUAGUCUAGAAGAAAAUCAGGGGAUCAGGUUAUAGUAAGGAUCAUGGGCUCAAUGGGACACGAUUGUGUGGACCACGAGCUUGGCGUUACGAGAUUAAACGGCGUUAACAGGACGGAGUAAUGAAAAGAAAAAUAAUGGAAA